AUGGUUAGUACAACAGUGCUGCUAUUAACCGGAUUAAUAAUGGUGAUAGCGGCUGGUGUUCCAAAACCAUUCCUUUGCGUAGAUCAAAUGGAAAUUAAUAGCACAGAAGCUGCAUUGAAGAGUGCGCUUUUUUGUGGAACCAGCUACAACCCACGCUACCGGCCAGUAAAAUAUCAGCAAGAUCGUCUCGCUAUGUACAUUGGUGCGGAAGUGAUUAAUGUUGAAAAAGUUCGUAAUGAUGACUCAAAACUGGAAAUAACUCUAGAACUGUUGAUGCAAUGGUACGACGCGUUUCUACACUGGAACAAACGGACUAGUGGCAAUAUAGAAACGAUUAACGUGGCCGAGCAGGAUCUCUGGACUCCAACGUUUGCAGCUAAAUCGUUUCAAAAAUCGCCACGUAUCCAAAGCACCAAACAGUGCUCCCGUGUCAAGUGCCAUCUGAGCUACGAUGGGGAAGUUAUCUAUACGGUAUUGUGCACCUUCAAGGUUGACUGUUACACGGAGCCACGAUACUGGGCGUUCGAUACGAAGAUUUGUACGUUGCGAAUUUAUUCCGUCGAGUACGAUACCAAUCAAUUGUCGCUAUUCCACUUUCAACGACGUCUCUCGUACCCGAGUUAUCCUCUGCUGCCGUACAAAAUUACCUCGUUCCAGAUGGCCACCGUUAAUAGCACGAUGAGCCCGGAGUUUCGCAUGGAUAUUGUAAUCGAGCGAUUGAUUGGUUCACAUCUCGUGGUGUUUCUUGUACUGAUCGUCAUAUUCUGCUUGCUGAAUCUGUUCAGUCUCUGGUUCAACAUAAAUUCCAGCGCACGAACGAUCGCGGUCGUUCUAGGAACCGUGAUGCAAAGCAUGUUCCUCGUCAUUCUCUAUUGGUACGGAAUAGUGAAAAUGAAACCAGUCAUUUCGCUGGCCCAUUUGUUGCUAGGAACGUUUGCUUUCGGUGCCAUUGCAUGCGGCUGGACAUACUUUGUUCGGGGCCAGAUUAGCACCAGGAAGCGAUUUACCACCUGUCCACGGGCAGUUGCACAGGUCAUUGGGUUUUUGCGUAAAAAUCGACCCCUUGCAUCAUUCCUGUCCAUCGGAUAUCUUAACGGAACAGGUAUGGAUGGAAAAUUGGCCAACGAUUGGGACGAUACUCAUGUGCAACCUAAUACACCAGCGGUAGAGGGCCAGGAACACCAGCAGGAUUAUGAUAUGACUUGUAGCGGGAAUGAGGAGAGUGAUGUCAAGUGGCAGGAUGUGGUGCAGGCACUUGAUCGCAUCUUUUUCUGUGCCAUGCUCACUGCCUAUCUAUUGAUGUUCAUCGUGUACGUGUUCUAG